GAGUUAAGAUUGUAGGCAGAAAAAAAUAAAUACUGCGUUUGAUAAUUAACGUAGGAAAUUUUUAUUUUACCCCGAAGUUUGCAGUAAAAAUGUCCUUGUGAGUUUGCAGAGAACAUUGGCAAAUAUAUCACUAUAGUCCGUUGCAGCUGGUAGACAGUGUUUCACUUUUUUCUUCGUGAAACAAAUUUGUUGUUGCUGAAAAAAGUGUGUCGAUAUGGCAGACAAAAGUUCAUCGGGCGAGAAAACCCCACAAACAGAAGCUGCUAGCCCUACCGGAAGUAUGUCUGGUUCAGGAAGCUGGUGGGGUUCGUGGCUAGAUACGGCCAAGACUCGCUCCGCUUCGGUACUGGAAGCUGUGAAAAAUGAUCUUACAGAAUUGACUACGGCUGUUAAGACGGAGGCAACGAGUGCAACGGAAGCGAUUGGUCGUUCGCUUAGCCUUAGCGAACCGGAUUCGGCUGUUGGAGCAAUGAAGAAAAGUUUCAGUUCGUUCUUGGGUCAGGUAUCGGAAGCGCUGGUUCCUUCACUGGAGGAAGAAGAGGAAGGAAUUGAUGUUUUGAUUACCCACGAGGGAGCCGACGACUUAACUGGAUUCCAUCGGCAUCUCGCGGAGUUGCAAUCGCUGGAGACCACUUAUCUGGAGGAACCGUCGGACGAACUGAGCGAAAAGUACAAACGUUGGAUGGAGGUUGUGGAACAGGAACAAUUCACCGAACCUCGAUUGGCACGGCAUCUGGCAAAUAGUGCGAUUCUCAACGAUCAGUAUUGUGCGCUUGUUCCGGGUAGAGUUGCUCACAUGGACUUUUGGAAAAGAUAUCUUUUCAAAAAAGCUUUGUUAGAGGACGCUGUAGCCAACGCAGAUUUGGCCGAACGUAAAGCUAAGGCAGCCGUGGCCGGCAACGAAACUGUUGCUCCAUCCAAGGUGAUCGUGCAGACGGAUCAACCGAAGAGAACGAUCGAAGAAGAGGUUAUUCCAGAUGACAUCGCCUGGGCCGAGGUGCCAGAAUUUGAUGCCUCCAAUAUGGAACUAUCCGAGGAGGAACAGGCUCGCCUGUUGGAAGAGUACGAGCAGGAAAUCAAGGAGCGUGAAAAGGCGAUCGUGGCAGGCCAGAUCGAUCUAGAUAACGAAUCCUUGCUUGUUCAGCCGGACAGAGACAGGUCCCCACAGAAGAAACAGUCGUCGGCCAUUCCUUCUAGCAAGAUAGGCGGUAGCUCAACCACAACGAAGAAACCCCAAUCACAACCACAAAGUGCUAAGAGUAGAAAUAAUAACCAAAAAAAUCAACAGCAAAGCGGCAACGCAGGUAGGACCGUCGGUAAUGCCGGGAAGCAGAAAGCGUCUAACAAUUCGACACAACAAGGACAGAAGCAGAAGGGCGAUUUGAAGAUUGAAAAAGAUCAUUUCACUAAAGACGAAGUUUCUUCUUCGAAUUCGGACGAAAGCUGGGAGAAGGAAUUCGAUCUGGAAUGAAUUAUGAAUCCUUCCUACUACUGUCAUAGGCUUCGCACCGAUGCAAGGUAAGCAAAAGGUGAUUAUUCCGCCAAACAGCUAUUUUGUAAUGUACUAGAAGUUCUUUUUUUCCUCUGCUAGUAAUAGUGCACACUAGUGGAAACGGAAGUUCUUCGGAAACAUUUUUGACCGAAUCAGACUGUCGUCUGCCAUCAUGGCAGUCAACUAAAUUUGAAAAUCUAGGCUUUUUGGGCUUAAAAUUCCCAAGACCGGAAACGAGGAAAGCAUUUCUACAAAUGAGUUUUGUAAAUUUUAAAACAAGCAUAAUUGUCUUAAAACCAAUUUAAACUGUUAAUUAUUAGUAGGCAAAAGUGUAAUAAAAAAUCGUGUUUAUUUUAACUUUAUACAUUAUAUUCAUAUAUUAACUUCAAUCUUCUCCCGAGUGGGAUGACAGCGGCAUGCAUUUAUUCGUUUGUGCAUGCGUGGUCCUAAACAUCCGGAUACUCUCUCGAGCGAUUUAGACCAUUUCGGAGGAUUCUAAGAGAUCCCGUUAGCACAUUGUUCGUCAACAUACACGUAUUGAAAAAUGUUUAGCGAGAGGUGUUACUACAGAACGACU